AUGGGUUAUGUAUGAAACUACCUAGAUAUAUCCACUGCUAUAUUUACCAUCGCCUUUUCUCAUGUCGUUAAAAACUCUUAUUGUGAUAUACAACACCGCCUGCUAGGUAUCCACCGAUACCAGAACAAUUAGCAUCGAUUUCUUCACAAUGAACGGUCCACAGCAGCCGUCUCUGCUCCCCCUAGAUGAUAGUGGGGUUCAUGGUCUCCCAUGCUCCUCAUUCUAAGAGAAAUCACGAAACGUAUUCAUCCAGAAUCUCCGCCAAAGCCGUUCGAAUACUUUGACAUGCUAGGAGCGACGAGUAGUGGAGAACUUAACUCCCCUCGAGUCAAGGCCAGUCAAAUAAAUACUGCUCGUAAUAUUACCCCGCCAUAGAAAACCGCACAGGUUCGAAUCCCGCUACUCUCUCCAGAACGAAAGAACGUAAAUAGACAGAUUCGAAUUAUCCA